AUGGCAUGCAUACAGGUGACGGUGCUGGUAGCAUGGCUGUGGUCACAACUGGGAGCUGUGGCAUUCCUGGCACCGUUAGGCUUCGCGCCGCUUUUGCCUGUCACCGCUGCCCGUCUACGCAACCUAGUUGAGACCUACGUUGCUUACGAGACGGCUGCGCAGCAGCGCCAAGCGUUCAUUGGCGAGGCCGAGUCCAAGCAAGGCCUGCCCCAAGUGAAAGGGCAGGACCUUCUUGAGCAAGCUCAGCGUCUGCGUCGGGAGGAGCUCAACUCACUUUGGGUGAUGCACAACAUGAGCUACCAGGUGGCUCUGUUGGCAGCACGCUGGCCGCAGCUCAUUGCACUUUCCUGUGUUGUGGUGAUUUCCGUUUUGGUGCCAUCGCAGCCAGAGGUCUUACUUCCCUUGUUCCUGCAAUUGCACUGCUUGCUGAGACAGCUGUCUGUCUGCAGCAGCUCCAUGACCAAGCUUUGGGCAGCUAAGCCUGCCCUGAUUCGUGUUGAGGCCUUCAUGCGCCGCUGCGAGCUUCCGGUUGUGUCGGCCAUCCAGGAGCAGGACCUGUGCCUCCACCUUUUCGGAAGUUUCCCGUGGGAGGAUGAAGAGAAUGAGACAGAAUCAUGGCCGGUCUUGGUGGACAUGGACUUGAAGGUGCCUCUGGGAACUCGGAUUGCUGUGCUUGGCACAUCUGGGGCUGGGAAGACUUCUCUCUUGAAUGCCGCUGCUGGAGCUCUUCGGCCAUUGGCAGAUGGUUCCGUGCGCAGGACGCCAUCUGCUCUGAUGUUGCCUUCAGCAGCCUGGAUUUUUCCGGGGUCACUGCAAGCAAACAUUCUUGGCGGCAGAUCCUUGGAGCUUGACCGCUACAAGCAGGUCAUUCAGGUGCUGGGCCUUGAAGCGGCUGCGGCUGAAGACCUGGAGCGUGCUUCCCCCGCUAUGAAAGCCAGAGUGGCACUUGCCCGUGCCGCGUAUGGUAGAGAGGAGCUCGUGCUGAUGGAUGAUCCCUUCCGCGGAAUUGAGCCCGCGGAUGCUGAGCAAAUCCUUGAGGUGCUUGAGGGUCCUCUCUUUGCAGGGCGCUCCUGCAUUGUGACCUUCGACCACAGUACCGCACAGCUAGCCAUCGCCUCCCAAGGCUUUGACAGCCUAUUGGUUCUCGAAGGGGGUGCGGUAGUGGCUUCUGGGCAAGCGCCGCAGGAUCUGCAGAGCCAGGCUUGCGCUUGGGGCUGGGCUUUACCUGACACUGUGAACCCACCAAGAGCUCAGCAAAGAGCCUCUCGAGCCUUGCACGGUCCGAGGCCGGCCACCCAGCUAGGGGGUGGUAAAAUCUCAGUUGUGCAUGAACAGAAGCACCGGGCCCACAAGCUGGGUGGACCAUUUGGUGCUUGGGCCUUCCUGAAGUUGGCAGGCAGGUGCCAAAUUGUGUUUGUUUACUGUCUUCUUUUAGUGGACCAAAUUCUGCAAACUGGACUGGAUUGGUUCCUGCUGGUUGCCGCGCUACGAACAGACCGAGCCAGAAACUUGUUAUCUUUCCACUGGCAGUUUGGAACAUGCUGGAUCAAUUUGAUGCUGAAAGUCGGUUUGGCGCAUGCAGCUGCCUCGUGCUGCACAGCAGCGGGGGAAGCUUUCCAUUCACGAUGGCUGAAAGAGCGAGUCAUGAAGGCCUGUGACAGCUCGCGUUCUCUACAGAUGGUAAUGCAGGACAUGACGGUGGUUGACCUCGGGCUUUCGCAUCAAGUCUGGGUUAUACUUGCAAUGCUGUGCAGUACGCUGGGACUGCUCUGUUUGGUGCACGUCCGGCUCCCGCUGCCUGCGUAUGGAUUUUGCCUGGCCUUACCCGCCUACGGAGUGGCAUGCUGGUGUCUCUUCAAGAGUUUCCACUGCCGCGUGAACCUGCACCGCAACCUUCGUGACAGCCAGAACACGGUGUACCGCUCGCUGAGCGACACCUUUGCUGCUGGAGCUACUGGAAAGCUUUUGGCCAAGGAGCAACACGUCAUGGAGUUGGAGGAAGCCACUCUGCAAGUCUAUGCUGGGCGAUGUGCAAGGAUGAGUGGGCCUUCGGCGAUGUUGCUGACACAAAUCUCGCUGUGCCUGAGUGCAGUGUACACUUUGGCUGCCAUGUUGACAGUCUCGUACAUGGAUGAUGUGACAGAGGUUGGUCUGACCUUGGCACCCCUUGCACUGCUGGUGCAAUUCCUGGUGCCCAGCGUUGAAGCGUUGAGCGGCUUCGAGGAUGUUGGUGCGGCUGCUGGCAGACUUGUUGACGAGCUCCAGCAAGAUGUCUCUCCAAGAACAUUUGCCUCAUGA